AUGGAUCUCGACCCUUCUCGCGACCCUUUUACACCUGCUCAGGAAGACGUCCUCCGCAUCUUCAACCUUCUCAUUCAAACAGCUAUUUUUAUCGGUAUGGUGCUCCUCACUGCCGAUGGUGAAAUACACCCGAUAGAGCCGGUUAUUACGAUCUGGCUUAUCUUCGGUGCUCUUUCGAGCGUAUCAGGCAGCGGCCUGAACCCUAUCGGUCGGCUGAGCGGUUUAUUUCGUGUUCUGCUAUACUCCGGCGUCGCAGGCUAUGCUUGCUGGUUCUGGUGGAUUGGCCUUGACACAAUGGGGGACGCGGACGCUGAUUGCCAAACUAUCGCCUUUUUCGGUGGUAUCUCGAUCAACGGUCGCUUCCGUUUAUUUAACAAGGUUGCCGCUAUAGCUGGCGGUACUAUAUGCCUUGUCUUCCUAUGCUGGAACGUUUCAGCUAUGGUCAAGCGUUUAAACGGGAAUAACUACUCGGGCUCCCGGCGGCGCGCGCGAGUCCAAAUCGAGCUCCUCGCCAUAUCUCUUACCAUCAUCGCCAUUUCUGUCGCCGCCAUUGAAUACUUACUAGAUGCAAAUAACAUUACAGAGAUUGAUAAUGUCGUCACUGUUGGUGGUGUGGUCUAUAGGGAGAAAGCGUUUAUGGAGGAGGCCGAGGUGCUGGGUCUUGUUUAG